AAUCAAACCACCUAUUCCAUUCGACGUCGCCUCCUACCGAACUAGGAGUCUUCCUAUUAGCACGCCUCCCUCACACCUUCAUACACCAUGGCUCUUAAGAGAAUCAACAAGGAACUUACUGACUUGGGCCGUGACCCGCCCUCGUCCUGCUCUGCUGGCCCUCUCGGAGAGGAUCUGUUCCAUUGGCAAGCAACUAUCAUGGGUCCCAGCGACUCGCCAUACUCCGGUGGCGUUUUCUUCCUCAACAUCCAUUUCCCUACCGACUACCCCUUCAAGCCCCCAAAGGUCAACUUCACCACCCGUAUCUACCACCCCAACAUCAACUCGAACGGCAGCAUCUGUCUGGACAUCCUGAGGGACCAAUGGAGCCCUGCUCUCACAAUCUCCAAAGUUCUCCUUUCUAUCUGCUCGAUGCUCACAGAUCCCAACCCGGAUGACCCGUUGGUUCCCGAGAUCGCCCACGUCUACAAGACUGACCGUCCCCGGUACGAGUCAACUGCUCGCGAGUGGACCCGCAAGUACGCUAUCUGAUUUCCGCAAUGAAAUUCUCUUCUCAACCGCGUCUACGUCUUGUCUUCUUUCGCGCUCCGUUUAGAUCAGAUCCGAAGCCUGGCGUACCGCGAUCGUAGAUCCUUUCCCUCCCCUACCCCGUUUGCUUUCUAUGUGAAACAUUUGCGAAUCUUUUUUUACCCGUUUUCUGUUCUCUUUUCUAUAUCUUUUGGCGGGAAAUGUCAUAUCCAACGAUCAUUAUGACCACUCCUCAUGCAUUUCAUGGCAUCGUUUUUCUCUGUUUCGUUCAAUGGAGUCGGGAUUCUACAUUGCUGGGACCUCACCGGGAGGUUUCUGGGGUGGACGUGGAGGCUCGUUCGUGGAAGUGAAAGAUAUCCGGAUGGCGUGUGAGGGAGUUGUGUUGAUAGCGGUUAGGAUGAGAUCAAUGACAACCGUUGACCGG